AAGUGAGAGAGCACAGAGAGAGAGAGAGUCUCAGUCUGUCAUUAACCAGGCUCCUGAGUUUAAUUCAGACUUCACAGAUUUGAUCCAAACUCCAGACGGAUAAAGAAACUCGCAGGAUGGGUGUCCAGGUCAUGUUCGUCGUCCUUUGCAUGUUUUUAGCCACGGUGGAGUCUCUAAAAGGAGGAGUCUCAUUCUGGAGAGACAAAGUUACUCUGACCUGUCCAGGAAACGGAACAUGGACGAAUAUAAGAGAUAAAGAAAAUCCUUUUGGACCUGUUGAAACUCAUGAAUUCAAAUUUAAAGGCCAGGCCCAAUAUUAUUGUGAAUAUGGAGAGGAAAAAAUAAAAUACAGCUUCUUCGUAAAAGGGAAGGCCUGUGAAAACUGCUUUGAGGUGAACGGAUUCCUCUUCAUGCUGGUGAUUCUCGUGGAUGUGAUCGGGACUGCCGUGUUGAUGAGGAUAAUCUAUGUUUACACCAAGAAGAAACACCCGAAUGUACCGAUUCAACCCCCACGAGCACGUAGAACCCGGCCUCAAGGAGACCAGUCUUCUGCCUAUGAG